UUCCGGGGUGGAGCCAGGGAAGGCGGAGUUUAGGCUGCGCCGACCCCUCAGCCCCCCUCCAGGAGACGUUCGGAGCCCGGGACAUGUCGGGAUUGAGGAGAUACGAGGUGGCGCUGGAGGCGGAGGAGGAGAUCUACUGGGGCUGCUUCUACUUUUUCCCUUGGCUACGCAUGUGGCGGAGGGAGCGGAGCUCGGCACACCCCCGGGAGCAGAAGCUGGAGCCCCUGCGGGGCCUGAUGAGCUGUUUGUCAAGCGGCCUGGGCCCUGUUCCCCAACGCUCAGGUCGCGGCCUCCCCCGCCGCACACCCGCCACCACUGCCCAGCCAGCCGGUACAUUAAAGAUUUAAACUGAAGUCACCGUG